AUGUCUUCCAACACAGUAAACGUGAGCCCAACGUCUGCUCAUUCUUUGGUGGCUGCGGUCCUUUGCAAAUAUGACGUUCCUCAAGAUCGAGCCAAUUUGAUCGCCGAGGCCCUUGUGCUGGCCGAUCUACGGGGCGUUGACACCCAUGGAAUCAACAGAUUGGCUGGCUACAUUGAGCGUAUCAAGGCGGGAGUCUUGAACCCCAACCCAACGCUCUCCUUCGAUACAAAGACACCGGUGAUGGCGUUGCUCGACGCACAAAACACGUUUGGCUUCGUGGCCGGCUGCAUGGCCGUUGACAAGGCCGCGGACAUGGCUCGCACUUACGGCAUGGGAGUUGUGGCUGUGCGCCAUAGCAAUCAUUACGGCAUGGCGGCAACGUACCUCCUGCGCGCUGCUCGCCAGGGCCUCGCUGCGUUUGCCUUCACCAAUGCGAGCGCCAGCAUGCCGCCCUGGGGCGCUCGGGAAUCCCUCCUCGGCACGUCUCCGUUCGCCGUUGCUGUUCCUGGCGGCAAGGAAGGCGACUUUGUUCUCGACAUGUCACCCAGCGUCGUGGCGCGAGGCAAGAUCCGCAAGGCAGCGCGCCGCGGGGAGUCCAUACCAGAAGGCUGGGCUCUGGAUGCAGAGGGCCGCUCGACGACAGAUCCCGAAGCCGCUUUGGCGGGUGGAGUUGUACUCCCGAUAGGAGGGCCGAAAGGGUCCGGGCUGGCAAUGAUGAUGGACAUCUUUGGAGGAGUGCUCUCUGGUGCUGCUUUUGCGGGCAGAGUCAAUGACCAGUACAAGAAUCUCAAGGAACCCCAGGAUGUAGGUCAUUGGUUCUUGGUAUUCCGCCCCGAUAUUUUCUUGGGGGGUGGUAUGGAGGAGCUCCGAGAAAGAAUGGACACGCUUUUGCGGAGAGUCAGAGAAUGUGAAAAGGCUGCAGGGGUUGACAGGAUCUUCACCAGCGGCGAGAUAGAGGCAGCGAUGGAGGUAAGACGGAGCAAUGAAGGUAUUCCAUAUACCAGAGGAGAGGUGGAUGCGCUCAAUUCCUUUGCAGAGGUUAGUGGAGUGACUGUAAGGUUAGAGGAGAUGGUAGCAAACUAG